CAGCCAGCCAGCCCGAUUCACCGCAGGGGGGUUGCUGCUGCAGCCGCCGGUGCAACUAACCGGAGGAGAUGCUGCUGAUCUUCCUAAUGUUGUAGAAAUUCUUCUGCCCAUAAGCCUGAAGGCACAAUUCCUAGAGGCAGAGUGAGACUCCAGUUUGGAAAGUAGCUGAAGCACAGCGGAAAGACGUCCCAAAAAUCAGAAUUGGGAGGAACACUAUGUUCACCUACAAGAAACUGAAGAUUUUCAUAAUGCUUCUGGCACUGGCCACUUACACAGCCAUGGUGGUGCUCAAUGCUGGAGCCGGUUCAGGGGCAUUCAAAGGUGUAUUCCUAAAUACUGUUGGAAAUGUCUCAAACAAGUACAACACUGACUUCACACCAGCUGGCUGGACCUUCCUCAUCUGGAAUGUCAUCUAUGUCUGGCAGUUUGCUUGGCUGGGUUAUGUACUGUCAGGAAUCUGCAGAAGGAAUGAACUUGGAUGGGUCUACACAGAACCAGAUUUACUGCCAAUAUCCUUCUAUCUGGUGUGGAUACUGAACAACGCCAUUAAUGUUGGAUGGCUAUUUCUGUGGGAUCGAGAGUAUCUCAUUCCAGCCCUGGUUCUCCUGGCAGUCCUUCCUUUUACCUGUUACAUUGGUCUCUUCAUUUCACACCGAUCCUUGCAUAUCCAUGCCGAUUGGUUCCUAAAGUCUCACAAAGCAGAGCUGUGGCUCAUCCGAAUUCUGGUGCAAAAUGGGAUUGCACUAUACGGAACAUGGACGACAAUUGCCACUCUGCUGAAUUUUGCUGUGGUGCUGAUCUUCAGUGGGAACGUAUCUAAUAAGAUUGCAACUGCAACCUCUCUGGCCAUCCUUACCUUUGAACUGGUAAUAUGGUUUUCUCUGGAAAACUUUGUGCUUGACAAGUAUGUGCGGUAUAAUCUCACUGUCUACCCAGUGGUCAUUGUAGCACUGACCGGCAUUGUAUGGAAGAACUACUCCCCUUCAUCUCCAGCUGACAACAGUAUGUUUACAGUUGUGUUGCUGGCGGUGGCUUGUGUUACCUUUGCUGUUCGGCUGGGAAUAGUCAUAUGGAGACAUUGUAAAAGGCCUCUAAACCUAUCAGAUUCUCCAUCCAUGACACUGUGAAGUAUAUUUCCAAAGUGAAGACCUUAAGGGGGAGAUUUUCAAAGCCAUGAAUGGGAAUCAGGCACCCAACAGCCAUUGACUCUCUCUCGCAACACCCACUCCCCUGGUGCCUUGAAAAUCUCUGAAAUGUGGAACAGUGAACAACACAAAGAGGGUAUUAAGGUGGUUAUAGUGAUUUCAUAUAAGCUUUCAGGGUCUCUCUCUUUUUCAGGAUCUCUCUCUCCUUCCACUCUGAUCAAUUGCACUUACCCUACCACCUUUAAUUUGACCGCUAUGUGCUUUAUUAAAUGGUGUUUUAAGUUUACAUCAGAGGAGUAGAUGAACAGAUCCCUCUGACAAAGCCUAAUGCACUUCUGGGUAAAUGGACAGUAGCACUCAGGUACGUCCAGCCUGAGGCAGGCCCAUGAACACAGCUGCCACACGUGCACUUUUGCACAGAGACGUAAUCUUUUCCUGUUUAAAAAAUGGCUGUAAAUAAGCAACCCCUCUAUGGUGACUGAGAUGGAUAAACCAAUGGCUCUCUCGCUUCACUGGCCCAGACCUUUGGCCUGGUUUUUGUCAAUGCUGAUCCUCUGCAAGUCCCAUUGAAGUCAGUGGGUGCUCAGCACCUCUGAAAAUCAGGCCAUUGUGCCCCUUUCUAGCUCUCCCCACCAUGGCAAGAACAAAGCUGCAGUAGUGCGAUAUUUUUAUUUUUGAAGCAUCUGUUCUAACAUUCUGCAUCAAGUGUGUUGGAGUGGUUACAACUACUGGUUAAUUAUUGUUACUCGCACCUUCUUGUCUGCUGUUGGAAAUGGGCCAUCCUGAUUAUCACCACAAAAGUUUUUUUUCUCCUGCUGAUAAUAGCCCACCUU